AAGGAAGACCCCACCUAAUAUUCUGGGCGAGAAUUUUUAGGUUCAAAUGAGGUAUGAGAGAUUGAUCGGAAUAAACCACCCAUGCUGGUAGUUCUUUCUCAUCUUUCUCCCCAAAGAAAUGAGAUAUUCAACGGCAAUGUCACAGAUUGGGAAGAUUGUGAAGAUGCUUGUCAAGUUUCAUCCAUUAUUGAUAGUAACCAGUCUUAUUUGUCGGGUAAUACUCAUGCAAGAUUGGAUUGAAGAGGAGGUGAGCAAUCAAUGGAAAGCUUUCAAGGUGUGUUGCCAAUCAACAAUGAGAUCUCUGUUGGAUCCAAUUACUGAGAAAAUGAAGAAUCUAUUGAAAGCCCUCCAGAUGCAUCUUAACCAUGAAGCAGAAAAGGGUCAGCCAAAGACCAAACUAAUAGGUAAACUUGCCUUGUUUUCUGCCACAUUUCUUCUACUGGACACGGAAAUAAGUUCAAAAUAUGACAAAAGAGGGGUUAAAAUGCAGUUAUUGUUAAUUAGUGGACUUGAGCUACUAAAACUUUCAAAACUUUGGAGUCAACUCAAAAUUCUCCGAAGGUGCGAUUGUGCUACAAAUUCAAUAUCAAACUUCACCUUCUUUAUUCUAGCACUUGUUUUUACAAAAUUUAAUGAUAAUUCCUUGAGGACCCUUAGUUCAAUGUUGUUCAUCGCAAUUUAUUUACUAUGUCUACUGGUGGUAUUACGACCGCGAACAGAUUUUGGAUUGUUUAGUUUCAUCAUGGGAGUAAUUGGAUCCAUUGCUUAUAACCACUCCAAGUUCACAUUCCCCACAUGGAUAAUUGCCUCCAUCUGUUUUGUGUUGUUUAGUUUUAAGAGUUGGUUAGAUAAGUACUGGUUGGAUUUGAAAGAAGAUCAGUUAGUAACCUCUACAAAUACCACAACUAGAAGUACCAGUGUGUUUUUGAUCCUAUCAUCAACUGCUAUACAUAUUGCAGGAAUCAUCUUCGCGUCUUCUAUUGUUAAAUCUCCCCUGUCCAACUAUAAAGUUUGGUUUGCUUGGGUGAUUGGUAGCGUGAUUUGGAAUGUUCAACUCCAUAAGUUCUAUGUCAAAGAUACCUCAUUACCCUCCGCAAAUACAAAAGGAAUCAACAGUUUGAUUUUGACCAUUAUCAAUGUUGCUCAAGGCAUGUUUGUGUUUUUUAUUAAAGCGUCUCCCAUGCUGAAUUAUAAAGACUGGUUAUUUGUGGUAAUUAGUUAUUUGGUUUUCUGUUUUUGGUUAAGAAGCUUUUGCCUCAAAGAUCUAUCAUUGCCCUUUACAAAUACCAAAGGAAUCAACGGUGUGAUUUUAUUUUUGAAAUCUAUUGCCACAUACAGUAUUGUGGUAUUGGCUGGUUUGGAACCACAUUUGUACUACAAAGAGUGGCUGGUUGUGGUAACUUGUUAUGUGCUUUGGUGGGUUCGGUUACGUACAUCAUUUCCCAAAUAUUUGUUACUAUCCACUACAGUUGAAUUUAAAGCUCUACAGUGGUGGAAUUUAAUGGUAUAUCACAUGAUUUUAGAGGUCACAUCUUGGAUGAUCCAGCUGUCUAAACAAAGGCAUUAACAAACAAGGAUAAAAUCUUGCACACUCAAUGGUAAGUACUUGGAUACAUUAAAUUUUUACAUUAACUCCUAUCAUUUUCUUUUUCGAAUAUAUGUUUAUUAGAAAAGUGAAGUACUGAUGAAAGGGUGGGCUUCUUUUAGUGAGCCCUUGAUAAGAGGCCACCCUUCCCUUGAUGAUUUAAAAAAGUGCAAUGUGAGUAGAGUCAAUUGUAAAACAACAUUCUAGUGCCCUUACUAAAACCCAUCGAUCAUUUGUAAUUUUUUAAUCAUUCAGUGUACCAAUUUGAAUUUAAUGUAGCUAACCUUUUGUUAUAUAGAUAUCAAACAGUGCCCCAUCAUCUUAUUUGUACAUACUAAUAAAUUGGAUUCUAUGUA